AUGUUCGACACACACACUCUUGUUAUUUCAGCCAAUAGAGUAACUCAAUGGAAUGACAAUGUUGACACUCUUACAGUGAAAUGGGAUGGUGAAUCAGUAACCAUUCCUAGCGACGGUGACACUGAAUGGAAGACUAAUACCGACGAAAGAGAAGUGGUUGUGGAGAGAACAAAUGAUACAAUCAGUGUUAGAGUCACAGUUUCCGGUUUGCUUGAAAUGGACAUAAGGGUAAGACCUAUCGGAGAAAAAGAAAAAAAGCUUGUGAAGAGAGGUGUUGCUAUGCCAAUGAUGGAAGGAGAAGACAACUACCAAACUCCAUCUCUCUUUUCAACAUCAUGCAAACUCUGCAGGUUCCAGAGACCUUCCACUAGCCAAGGACUAAUUGCUCAAUACUAA